AUGCUACACCUCGUGGCGGCAAACCUCCGGGGGUCCCCCCCCCGCGUGAAGAACCUACUCACAUCCCUCACGAAACGUUCGUACGGAAUACACCCCGCGCGUAAGUCCCCCCUGUGUAAGCGCUUCUCAACUGAGAGCAGUCCCUCCCACACUGACACGGUCCUACCAGAAAACGCCGUGACGUAUGAUACCCCCAAUUUCCACUUCAUCAUUUAUGGCAUACUGCACGGGCAGAUAAAUGAAAAAAGGUGUAGCGGAAAAGACGCAUCAGAAAUUUUAAGAAAAGUGAAACCGAAUUAUGUUCUGCUAGAACUGUGCCAACAAAGGCUGAAGAAAAUAAUGGACAUCCUUUCGAACCAAGAAAAAAAAAAACACUACGAUAAUGAUUAUAGCAAAUUUACGUACCUGCCAAGAAUACAUAAUGGCUUUUUACAAAAUGAAUUUUUACCCAUCAUUCAGGACUCCAUAAAAAAUAAAUGGAAAAUAUUUCCGCUCGAUCGAAACGUGAGCACCGUUAGAAAUCGACUCGAUUCGAGACUCCUCUACGACACGAGUGCUUACAGAAAAUUCUUCACGUACUGCAUUGAAUCCAUAUCCCUGAGGCACUACUCCUUUGAGGAGUUUACCAAACUGUAUCAGAAGUAUGCCGCGUCUGCCGCAACUGACAAGGGUCCUCCUCACCGUGGCACAUCAGUAGAUGGCACGGCAGAUGGCACUGUGGAUACCCCCACGAAAGGUACCCAUGAAGGGGAACUUCUCACGAACACGUACAGUAAACAAAAUGUACGUGGCAACUUCCCAUCGGAGACGACAGAAGAGGGGGGGGGCGAGCCACGUCGCACCUGCACACCGAAGGAUGCAGACCAAAGUGACGAAAUCGAAAUUUGGAAAAAACUAAACCUGCUGCAGACGCUGAACGAAAGACUGAAAUAUCUCUCCAAGCCAACGUACGAAAUCCUCGUGGAGGAAAAAUGUAAAUACAUGGCGAACAACAUUUGGUGUUUCCUCCUCAACAAUGAGGAACACUUCUUCGAAAAAGCCCCCCAAAGGAAGACCAUUUUUGUCCUGUGCAGUGCCAACAUAUUACACAAAUUGGUGGAGGAGAUGGACCGUGCAUAUCUGAGUCUACAUAAAAGAUAUGAAUCGAACAUAAGCAGUAACACUUUGGAGAGCCUGGUAUUUGAAAACCCGUAUACUUCCUACGGCACGUAUGUUAAGCCUCACUGGCCCCUCAUUCUUAUCAAAUAUUAUUUAAUUCCUUCGUUCAUUUUAUAUGCUAUGCUGAACACCUUUUACGCGCUCACUGCAUGGAUUUACAAGUCUAAUUUCCAGAGAAGUUCUCCCCUUUCACAUAAAAUCAUAGACAUAGAGGUGUAA